AUGGAUCUUCAAAUAAGAUUACUUGAGAGGCUACCAAGACAUUGUGUUUUGCUUACGGGAGUUGGUGUAGAGAUGCGUGAUGGAAAGGCCAUAGAAUUCUGGGAAGUGCAAGAGAAUCUUAGAGAAAAUUGGGGAGAUGGGGGGUACAUCCGAUUUGCUCGUCACAACUGUUUAAUCAGAGAAGUUUAUGAGUUGGGAGCGUUGAAGGCCCACUUCAACUAA